UAGCGGGUGUGGGAAGUGAUCAGGGAACCGGACCUCGGAGGCAAACGGGGGAGAAGAGUUAGAAACCCAGCAGGCUGCUUCCGCUGCUUUUUGUUGUUGUUCGGGGGGAACUAGCUAAACGACGGAGGCACCGCGGGCCCAAAAGCCGAACAAAAUCACACCUCCCCGGUCCCCUCUCGAGCGGGGGUCCGUCUGCUUCACUGCAUUCACACCGACGUCCUCGGUUCAUCAGAUAGCGUUAAUACGGCUCACCCCCGGCUCCGUAGUGGCGUCCCUAUGCGGGUGUUAGCCGACUAGCUAGCUCGGUAGUACGCGUUAGCUCCCAGGCUGUGUAUUCCCAUAGAAUUAGCUCUUAGCCAACGUACGCUAUUCGGCUAGCACGUAGCUCCUGACACAUUUUACAGUUAACAAGGCAAUGUCGGCUCAGAGCGAUCACAUACAGAACUCCUAUCGACAUGAACCGCUUUAGUCAUGCUUUGAAGCUAACCAGUAGUGUUAGUUAAUUAAAUGGUGGAAUCAUUCGAAGAGAUUAGCGCAGCUAGUGUUAGCAUUAAUGUGUAGCAUUAGCCAUCCUUUUUCUUUGCGACACUGCUGCACAUCUAACGUUGCUUCCAAUCAAGAGCGCUUUGCUUACUCUGAGCUUCAUCGGUAGCACAACCUGGACAUGAACUUCUAACCCUCUAUACACCGCUUCCAUGCCACCACAGACACGUUUUACAUGAUGUCCCAGGUGACACGCGGUAUGUUUGGUGCUAACCGGAAGAAGUUUAUGGAGGGAGGGAUAGAGAGCGACUACGCAGACGACUCCAGCCUCUACUACACCCAACAGUCCAUGUUCCCUCCACACCGGCCUGACAAAGACAUGUUGGCCUCCUCCUCUGCUUCCUCGGCGGGUCAGCUGUCACAGCUGGGAGCCAGUUUAUACGGCCCACAGAGUGCUUUGGGGUUUCCCAUGCGAGGGAUGAACAGCAGCGCAGCGCCUCAGUUAAGUCGAAGUGGUUUGAACCAAUCAGCCAACCAGCUCCCGAGUCACGCCAGUGCAGCCAACACGGGCACCAUGCACACGCCCCCCUCCCCGAGCAGGGGGAUUCUGCCCAUGAGCACCCGCAGCGUGCUGAACCUCAUCCAGCUAGUGGGGGGGCCCACGGGGGCAGUCCGGGCGGGAUGGGAAGGCGUGGGGUGGAGCG